UUGGCGGAACCGUAUCGGAAUUAUAUCAGACACGUUAGCGUUGGAGAGGUGAGCCGUGACACGGACUGCCGCAGAGACCGCGCGCUACGGAGCCGCGGACUGAACUGGCGACUGACUACUGAGACUAGAGACAGGGGGCAGGGGGACCUGCGCCGGAGACGAAGACGAGGAGGGACAGAAAACAAUACGGUGAUGAUGUUCAUUAAUGACACAGACAUAUGUGGACUGGCAUCAGGAGACGAUUUAUGGCCGUUGAACUCACCACAGAUUUCGGCAGUCGAUGACUAA